AUGGAAGGCAAGGACGAUUUAGCUGUUGUUCCGGAACUGCAUAAGGUACUUUCGAAUCAUCUGAGAGGAGAAUUGCUAGACGACACCUCUGACUGCAACACCAAAUUCGAAAGGACUUCCUACUCGCGAAGUUAUCUAACUCUGAGGAGUAAAAGUGAGAUAUUAAGAGAUUUAGAACAAUCGAACAGACCUUCCUCCUCUUGCCUUCUAUCUCCUCCCGCGGAAGAUGAGAAUAUUCCUUCCCUGUAUCUAUUGGAUCGGGAAGAGGAAAUGGAGCGCAUGCUGGCGGCGGCAACCACUGGUCUUCCUUCUCCUCCGACUGACACAGCAUCCAGCGAGCCUCCUCCCACGCAACCCGACACCACUGGUCCGCCCCCGCAUCAUCCUUCCGCGCCAUUGGAGGAUCGCGUGGGUGUGAGCCCUGCAGCGAUUGGCCCGCGGCGUCGUGCCAGGCGGGGCGUCACUCCUCGAACGCCCCAGCAACAGGCGCGCUCAGUGGCGCGGCGGAACGCUCGUGAGCGCAAACGAGUGAAACUCGUGAAUCUCGGAUUCGCAACUCUCAGAGACCAUAUACCGCCACAUUUCGCGCCGCAGCCGCCGCCGAAGAAUCAGCGCAGCUCCGCAGCCGCAUCCAAGAAGCUGAGCAAAGUGGAGACCCUCCGCUGCGCCAUCGAGUACAUCAAGCAGCUGAGGGAGGCCAUCGGUUACGAAGAUCUGGAUGAGGGAUCUUCUGUGAAUCUGAUAGAGGGGUUCUCGUCUGCGUCUUCGCCCCUGGAGACAUCAUCGUCCCCUUGCUCCUACCGCACGACGCCGUCUCCUGUGAUGAUGCUGAUGACAAGGAGUCCUGCCAUGUUCGAAGACGAUGAUGAGAGUGAUGAAUUCCUAGACAUCAUGGACUGGACGUCGUUAUAACAGGACAGCUUUGGCUCCUCCUUGUACAUAUUACCUAG